ACAGGACUAGAGUAGUGCUGUGAGGCAUUUCAUUUAUUUUACAAAUAAGCAAUCUGUGCAUUUUUUAGUCUCUUUCUAGUUUAAUUUUGACAUGAAGUUUAUGUCAUGUCUGCUUAAUGCGUGUACUCAUUACAUUACAUUACUCACCUUUCACCACUAGAUGUCACCACUGCACAAUAUGAAAUCCUCGAUGGCAUCUUGUCGCCAUGGAAACUUAAGUUCAUGGAUUUCACCACAGACUUUUAGAACUGAGGAAGCAUCUUGGAUGAAAGGUGAAUUUGGGUGGUAAAGCAAAUGGCCGAGUCAGUGGUCGGAGCCAUUGAUGUUUCUGUGGUCAGAGCCUUGUAUGGAAAUUCCCCAUCGUUGAAUUUGAGUUCAAAGAAAAUAAGAGAGGUGCCUAAAUGUGUUUCUAGACUCACAAAGCUGUCAGUUCUCCUGCUGAACAACAACUGUAUCACUAGUCUGCCUGCUGAGCUGCUCUCCCUAAAACAUCUAACAGAGCUGAAUUUGGGAAACAACUCCUUGAAGGAAGUUCCUGCUGCUUUGGGCCAUUUGGAGUCCCUGAAGAAACUGUAUCUAUUCAGUAAUCAGAUUACAGUAGUCCCACCUGAGGUGAUAGAUGGCUUACACAACCUUGUUGUGCUCAAUCUGAACCACAACAAAAUUCAAAGUCUUCCACCAGAGAUUAAAAGUUUGGUGAAACUUGAACAUCUCAGUGUGCUGGACAAUAAGCUGGAGGAGCUCCCCGCUGAACUGGGUCACCUCAGUAAACUGUCCGAGAUAAACUUGACUUCCAACCGGCUCUGUUGUUUACCCCAGCAGCUGUGCCAAUGUAAAGACCUAACCAAGCUCCAUGUAGCCAGAAACAAGCUGACCAGCCUUCCAGAGGGAAUUACAGCCCUGGAAAAACUCCAAGUCGUUGAUGUGGCUGGCAACAAGUUGUCCAUGUUCCCUGUUGAGUUUCAUCGGCUGCCCUUGAAGGAGCUUUACUGUGAAGGCAACAGAUUUGUGCAGUGUGAGCCAAUGCAAUCGGAGCAGGAUGCUGAGGUGCUAACAUUAAAGGAGCUGGUUGCCAGAUUUGUCUUGUGGGAGGACAGGAACAGGGUUUCUCUGGUCCACAGGAUGCUUCCUCACUACCCGUGUCUGAGUGCUCUGUUGGCUAAUGGCAGCUGUUGUGCACUUUGCCAAGGCCCGUUCCUCACCACCUGGCUGGAGUGUGUUCAUUUUGUCAAUCUGAGGAAGGACAUGAAAGUGAGGAGUUCACUGACCAUUCCAGUGCGAGCUGUUCUUUGUUCAUACAAGUGCUUCAACACAGAAGGACACUGCUACUAUGGUAUUGCGACAAGAUAAAUACACGUUCUUUGAAAAGGUAUUUGCCAUUAUCUGUUUUCUCUUUAUGAUUGGAUACAGUCUUUUCAAUAUCUGUGGUAAUACAGUGUUCAUUUUCCAUAGCUUUUGUCCUGUAAACACAUCAUGAUGUUUUUUUUUUUUACUCUCUGGUCACUAGAUGGCAGCAAAUGCACAUUGUAAUUUGCAAAUGUAGUUGUAGCUU